GCAUCUACACAAAGGUAGCUAGUGGCUAUAUAUUUUCUCCAUCUUUUUUUUUUUUUUUUCUAAAUAAUAAUCCACUAAUUUAUACUCACCUUUUUCUCACUCUAAAGUCUAAACUUAUAGCCCAAAAAUGCUAGUGGCUCCUCCAUUGUCCCCCUAUUACCACUUAUGUUUUAACCCCUUCAUAUUUCAUUACCAUGUUAGCAGCUAAAAAGAGUGUAGUAUAAAAAAAUGUCAAGGAGAGAGAGAGAGAUAUAGGGAGAGAGAUAUAGGGAGAGAGAGAGAGAGAGAGAAAGAUGGAGAGAGAUCAUAAUCAUGAUCAUCAUAAUCACAAAAAUCAAGAAACCCCACCACAACCACCACCAUCUCUCCCCCCCUCAUAUCAAAACCCUAAAGAAAUAAUAUUUACAGAUCAGUCCCCAAGAAAACAUAUAAUUACAGUUGCAACUAAUAAUAAUAAUACUGCUGCUGCAACAAACGACAGGUUGAAGAGAGAUGAAUGGAGUGAAGGGGCAGUUUCGUCAUUACUGGAGGCUUACGAGGCUAAAUGGACGCUCAGAAAUAGGGCGAAGCUGAAGGGGCAGGAUUGGGAUGACGUGGCAAAGCAUGUUUCUUGCAGGGGCGGCGACGGCGGUGGUGGUGGUAAUAAUAAGUCGGCCAAGACGCAGACGCAGUGCAAGAACAAGAUUGAGUCCAUGAAGAAGAGGUACCGCUCGGAGUCCGCCGCCGCCGCCGCCGCCGCUGACGCGGCGGCGGCGGCUUCUUCGUGGCCGCUUUACUCUCGCAUGGACCUUCUUCUCCGCGGGAUUAAUAAUAAUGGACCUCCUCCUGUUUUGGUGGUGGAGCCACCACCGGUGGAGAUUCCGCCGCCGCCGUCUACGGCGGUGGCGGCGGUUCCUUUGGUGGCGGUGGAGAUGGGAAGUGUUAAGCAGAACUCGCGUGGUUCGGAUGUUGGUGGUGGUGAUCGGUUGGCUAAGGGAAAAGGAGAUGGCACUAACAAUGGCCCAAAAUUAACCAAUCAAGAACCCGAAAAAAAUCCGAUAAUAGACGACACAGACAGCAGCACACCCGCAAUCUACACCGAAAGAGAAAAACCGAACAAAAAAGUCCCUAUAAAGAGCAACAAGGAUUAUGCCAAGUCAAAUAAUAAGAAGCGGAAAAGGGAAGAUUAUAAUUGGGAAGUCGGAGAGAGCAUUCGAUGGUUCGCGGAAGUGAUGGUGAGAUCGGAACAAGCGCGAAUGGAGACAAUGAGAGAGAUCGAGAGAAUGAGAAUCGAGGCCGAAGCCAAGAGGGGUGAAAUGGAACUCAAGAGAACUGAGAUCAUUGCCAAUACUCAGCUUCAAAUUGCUAAGCUUUUCGCCAAAGCGUCCGUUCAAGAUAAUAAUUGGAAGAAACCGACGUGAUGUCAUAUAUAUAUAGUAUUCGUCGUGGUUGUGUAUCUAUAUCUGUAUCUGUAUCGAUAUCGUUAUAAUCCCUGCUACUUAUAACUUAAGUAGUGGGGAAAUGAAAUUAAAUGAAAACAAAGUAUUAUAUUAACUAUAUAUAUGACUAAUUGUAAUUGGAGAUU